CGCGCGGCGCACACAGUGAUGGCCGGCCCAGUGAAGGACCGCGAGGCCUUCCAGAGGCUCAGCUUCCUGUACCAGGCCGCCCACUGCGUGCUCGCGCAGGACCCCGAGAACCAGGCGCUGGCGAGGUUCUACUGCCACACGGAGAGGACGGUCGCCCGGCGGCUCGUCCUGCGGCGGGACCCGUCGGUGAAAAGGACGCUCUGUCGUGGCUGCUCUUCUCUCCUCGUCCCAGGCCUGACCUGCACCCAGCGCCAGAGACGCUGCAGGGGACAGUGCUGGACAGUACAGACCUGCCUAACAUGCCGGCGCAGCCAAAGGUUCCUCAACGAUCCCGGGCAUGUGCUCUGGGGAGACCGGCCUGAGGCCCAGCUAGGAAGCCAGUCAGAUCCCAAACCACCACAGCCCCCACCAAAUACAGCCCACCCCACUCCAGCCCACCUUGCUGAGGAGAAAGCACAGCCCCAGAGCUUCAGUCACCAGUGAUGGAUGCACCCUGUCUUCAGAUAAAUAAAGUCUAAUUAUGUUUCACUUUGGUGAGUCCGUAAU